AUGGACUCUGACGUGAAACAUCCAAUGCUACUGCCACAACACUCGCACGUCACGACUCUAAUCGUACGAGAUGCUCAUGAGAAACUCGGCCAUGCUGGUAGAAAUCACACCAUUGCAGCAAUUAGAGAACGCUUUUGGAUUGUUUCAAUCAACUCUGCUGUCCGACGUCAACUCCACAAAUGCAUAACGUGUAGAAAAAUAAGAAAGCCAUGCCAAGAGCAAAAAAUGUCAGACUUACCUCAAGAUCGUCUCGAGCCAGCUCCACCAUUUACAUUCACAGGCGUAGACUUCUUCGGGCCGUUCAUUAUAAAAGAGGGACGCAAGGAGCUCAAACGUUACGGCGUCAUAUUCACCUGUCUUGUCAGUCGCUCCAUUCAUCUGGAAGCUGCUAACAGUCUCGAAACAGAUUCCUUUAUCACUGCUUGCAACGCUUCAUAG